AGGGUUACAGGCUCCCGGCUUCCAAAUGAAUUGCCUUCAGAUUAAAAAAAAAAACUAUACCUCACAUGUUCAGUCCUUUAUUACUUUCUAGGAAGGAUUAAGUGCUUAACUUUCUUGAGAGUCCCCGGGCUAAAACUGCUAUGCUGAAUGCCUAAGUGGCUCAACCACCCUUGUGGAUUUUCUUGUGGAUUUGUAGGACAUAAACAUUGUCAGAAAAAUCACAAUGGUAACAAUCAGGUUUUGCUCUAAGACUUUAUUGAUCCAUUUUAAAAUCAGUCCCAGUAGUCUUUUAAUUAGGGUUAUUAUGUUUUUACGCAAAACAAAAAAAAAAAAAACUGUAGUUUUUCUAAGACAUAGUUUCUGCAGAGCUGCAGUAGUUCAUUAGAAAUUUACCUCUGACUUGUGGACAGAACUAUUGGCGGAGAGGAAGCUCACCCCCACCUCCCAUCACCAAUCUGUUUUCACUCUAUCUUACAGCCACAAUCCCAUCCUAACAUUUGCGGUGCAACAAAAGUGUCGAGGUACAUCUGAGAAAUCCAGAUGUACAGUUUUGAGCCAGAUGCAGGAAGCUGGUGGCCCGUAAGCAUAUUUUGGAUAAUGAUGCAUAAUGAUGCUCUUUUUCAAACUGCAUUUUUUUCAUCUGCUCCCGAUUCACAAUCACUUGAAUGAAUAAAUACUCAGAAAUGCAAUUUUAAUCUUAAUUUUCUGUAUGCAUGUCAUCCAUGAUGGGAAGAAUGCUACAAGAACAUGUUAAAAAGACUUAUUUUCAUAUUUGGGUCUUUACACAGAGUAAUGAAGCAAAUUGACAGUAAUUACCAAACUUAUAUGCAGAUAAUCUUGAGCCUUGAAUCACUUUUCAGACAUGGACACUUCAUAAAACAGCUUUAAAAAGGAGCAGACUAUUCCCCCAUGAUGACUGCAGUAACUAGCAGUGGUUUAGGUGGAUGUGAAGGAGCUUGGACUUGUCAAAAUCCCCUCCAACCUGCCUCUGGUUGACUCAGAUGAUCUGAAAAGGAACGCACAGAUAUCUGCUGUGCUGUCCAGUCACCCUCCUCCUUCUCCUCUUCCUCCUCAGCAGCUCCUCAGUCCCGCCCAUCGCCACCUGGCUCUGCUGCGCACCGCCGACUGGAGGCAGAGCGUCGUUACUCCUCUUCCCCGCGUCAACAGAGAAGCAGCAUUAGGAGCAGAAGACGGAGUCAGUGCGUAUGAAUCUUUUCCUCCUCUUAUUCUAAAACCAAACCAUCUGUGUGAAGAAAAAGGGGAUUUUUUGGUGGAAGAAAGAGAGACUAGUGGGUUAGGAGACAUCGGAGACGGGGUCUUCUGCGCAUCAGCCGCAGCAUCUCUCCCUCCCUCCUCCUGCGCCUUAAAAAAAAUCAAGACUUCCACAAGUGACGAUUUUUUAGGUGUCCCUCUUUUCCUUUCCUUUUUUUCUCUUUCUCUGGAGUUUGAACCUAAUUUCUGAGCUUCUGGAAGUGUAUUGUCGCCUCAGCGCGCACAGCGGGCCGGACUCUAGUUUUCUUCCCGGCGCACAGGCGGAUCAUCGAGGGGAGCGCGCGCGGAGUCUGGAAAUUAUUUAUCCCUCUCACAUCAGCAAACCGCAUGGUGGGAAUUUCUGCCUCCUUUCAGUAUCGCACUGGGAAGCGCUCCACCAUGCCCGACUCACCUGUGGACGUCAAGACACAGUCCAGGUUGACCCCUCCUACUAUGCCACCCCCACCCAGUAUGCAAGGAGCACCCCGAAACAGCUCCUACACACCCACCACAUUGACCAAUGGCAGUAGCCACUCCCCGACGGCGCUCAACGGCGCUCCAUCCCCUCCGAACGGCUACAGCAACGGCCCAAGCUCCUCGUCCUCGUCCUCCCUGGCCAACCAGCAGCUGCCGCCGGCCUGUGGCGCCCGGCAGCUCAGCAAGCUCAAGCGCUUCCUCACGACCCUGCAGCAGUUCGGAAACGACAUCUCACCGGAAAUCGGCGAACGGGUCCGCACAUUAGUGCUGGGAUUGGUGAAUUCCACGCUCACCAUCGAGGAAUUUCACUCCAAGCUCCAAGAAGCCACCAACUUUCCCCUGCGGCCUUUUGUAAUACCCUUUCUGAAGGCCAACCUGCCACUGCUUCAGAGGGAACUGCUGCACUGUGCCAGACUGGCUAAGCAGAACCCAGCCCAGUACCUGGCCCAGCACGAGCAGCUUCUCCUGGACACCAGCACCACGUCCCCCGUGGACUCCUCUGAACUCCUGCUGGAUGUCAAUGAAAACGGAAAGAGACGGACACCAGACAGAACCAAAGAGAACGGCUUUGAGCGAGACGGCACCCUGCACCCUGAUGUCCACCCCAGCAAACGGCCGUGCACCAUUAGCCCCGCCCAGCGCUUCAGCCCUUCCAAUGGCAUCUCCUACCAACCCAACGGGUUGCCCCACCCAGGCCCACUGCCUCCGCAGCACUACAGGCUAGACGACAUGGCCAUCGCCCAUCACUACCGGGACACGUACCGACACCCUGCCUCAAAUCACAGAGAGAUCCGGGAGAGAGCUCGGCCCAUUGGAAUGCAUGCAGGAAGCAGACAGGAGGAAGUGAUUGACCACAGGCUGACAGACAGAGAGUGGGCAGAGGAGUGGAAGCACCUUGACCAUGUAAGAAAAGACGAACAUGAAAUUGUACGGAACGGGAAACCUGUUUUGACUGAUCAAAUUCGCUUAAAGACCCCUUCAUUGCUGAACUGCAUCAUGGACAUGGUGGAGAAGACGAGGCGCUCGCUGACGGUGCUGCGGCGGUGCCAGGAGGCCGACCGCGAGGAGCUCAACUACUGGAUCCGACGAUACAGCGACGCCGAGGAGCUGAAGAAGGGGGCUGCUGGUGGGCAGUCCAGGCAGCAGAGUCCCGCAGCGCAGGAAAACACAACAUCAGAAAUUCACAGGGAGCUGCUACAUCGACCGGUGUCUGGCUAUGUCCCUGAAGAAAUCUGGAAGAAAGCUGAAGAGGCAGUGAAUGAAGUAAAGCGGCAGGCCAUGUCGGAGCUGCAGAAAGCCGUGUCAGAGGCCGAGCGCAAAGCUCACGAGAUUAUCAGCAGCGAACGGGCUAAGAUGGAGCGUACGGUUGCCGAGGCCAAGCGUCAGGCAGCCGAGGAUGCGAUCUCCAUAAUCAACCAGCAGGAGGAUUCCAGUGAGAGCUGUUGGAACUGUGGUCGUAAGGCCAGCGAGACGUGCAGCGGCUGCAACACGGCUCGCUACUGCGGCUCUUUUUGCCAGCACAAGGACUGGGAGAAGCAUCACCACGUCUGCGGUCAGACCCUGCAGGCCCAGCAGCAGCAGCAGCAGCAGCAGCAGUCCAGCCAGCAGCAGCAGCAGCAGCAGCAGCAGUGUGUUCCAGGGUCAGAAACCCCUGCCCCCAUAAGCUCCUCCGCCUGCACCCCCAGCAGUGGUACCGGGAGUCCAGCUGCGACUCCCCCUGCUGCGACCCCCCGCUCAUCAACCCCCAGCACCCCGUCCUCCUCUGCCCUCGAGGGCACACCACGCUAAGAGAUUUCCGUGCGGCGGCCGGCCCUUGUCCUCAAACAGCCUGACUGUGAUCGAGAUUCCAAAACAACAGAAAGAGACGGAGAUGCUUCUGUCUGUCUUGCAGAGGAGUCAAGGAAGGAGGAAGAUGAAAUCCAUAAUCAGGUCAUAUUGACUUAACGUGACUUUAAGGAAACACAAAGAUAUUCUUUGUCUUGAAUGAAUGAAUUUAAAUAUCAACACUCCUUUAUUGAUACACUUUGGCUAUUCUUGCUGUCUGUUCGUCGUUGUACCUGUUGUUGUUAAUGUCGUCAUCUUAGCUUCUCUCAUUUGCUAAUGUAAAUACGAAGAACUUGAUCAAAGAUGAUCUGGAGCUCAAGACAUCCCCAUUUUCAAAAAUGCUUUGAUGUUUCAUUCCCAAAAUUUGGAAGCUGCUGCACCUGGAGUGCACAACAAGGCAGUGCAACAUUACCAAGACAUCUUAAGUCGGUGUUAUGCUACGUUCACAACGGGCGUGUGUCGUGCGUUCAAGAACGCAUUCUUAGCCUAAAGUUAGAAGAGGCUUGGUGCAAAAUGUGAAAGCAAUGCAUAUGUUGCAAAUCUCGCUGCAGGCUUUUUUUUUUCCGAUUACAAUACACGAAAAACCACAAAGAAUGCCUCCUACAUAAUCAAUUUUCAAACGGUUGGCAAUUCCAUGAAUGAAAAGGGAUACCAUCCAUACGUCCCUACCAAAUUCAAGUCCCUGAUUGGUCAAAGUUCAACCUAGUUUAACCCUCAACAUACGUCCAAUGGCCAUUUUGUACGUAGAUCCCACAAACGGACGUAGAAACUUGCGUGAACGCAGGAGUUUUGAACGUGGAAACCUGAAAAGUGCAUUACCAUACACAUGUCAUUGAAAGUGGUUGCUUGAACACAGAUUUCUGAGACCCGUGUGAACGUAGCAUCAAGAACGAUUAGGUAAAAGUACUUAAUAGAAACAAUGAUAAAAAAUACGUUUUCUGCCUGUGGAGGGGAGAGUUGCAAUUCCGGCCCACAGACCGCCGUGAAACGAGCAGAUGUGCAGCAGAUUGCAGGCAGAGCCAGAUGUUCAAGCAAUGUUAUUUCCUUCUCACUUGUAAUGAUAAUCCAGGUCAGUGGGCUGGGAAAUACGAAUCCACCCCCACACCCUUACAAAAGGAUGUAAAAAGGGGGAAUAAAUAGUCAUGUAUUCUUGGACAAAACUUUGCCAGUUUGUCCAUUUCAAACAAACAGAAAGAGAGGGUAGUUGAUGUCAAAUUACCCAUGAGCCACUGGAGCUGGUGCCCAAUAAAGUGGAGGUUGGCUGAUGCCCUCCUGUUUCAUCUUUGAAAAUACCCAUUACUCUUGUUUUUCCUCCUUCCUGUAUUUAUCGGAGUGUUUAACACUUCUGUCCUGUGGUGUCACCAAUGGUAACUUAUUGUAAAUGCAUAGUAAUUCAGUCACAACUCCAGUUCUUCAAAACUCUUUUUCUCUAGCGAGUGCAAAAAGAGAUUAAAAAAAAGGAGUGUUAUUUUUUUCCAUGCUUCUUUUCUAUUCUGUGCAAGUGAUAGAUUUCCUGUAGUUUGAAACUUUUCUUUCUCCCCAUCCUCAAGAAAAAGACACAAGCUAAAUCUCAGAGCUGCUACUUGACCCAGAUUUUUUUCUGAGAACUAGCAUGUUGCGUGGAAUGCUAAAUGUUUUGUACAAGAGACAUCCAUUAAUGUAUUUGCACUGUCAUGGACGUUCUUUUGGCAUGCCUCUUUUGCAGAACACUCGUGUUGUCGAUACGGAGCCAUAAUUCAUUGACUGUUUUUGUCUUUGGUAAUGUUUUUUUGUUUGUUUUGUUAGGGCGUGGGGAAAAUGUAAAGGCAUAAAAUCCAUUUAUUUUUUCUACUCCACGUGCUAAGCAGCCAUAUUGUCAUAUUGCUUUUCUUUUUGAAUAGUUACAGACAGUGCAUGCACAUUUGAGCAACGUUUGUUAAAUAUUUGUUGUUUUUGAGGAAAAACUGCAAAACAACCAAAAAAAAGUUAAAUUAAAAAAAAAGAGAAAAAAAACAUUCUGACAAAGGAAUUUUCCAAAUGCAGAGGUGUAGACUCCCAUUGACAGCUUUAACACAGCAAAAGCACCAGGUAACAUAGUAUUAUUACAAGACUAAACACACCAAAAACAGCCAAAGACUGACACCAAGGACCAAAAUCCAGACUUAAACAACUUUUUCAACAGAGGUUUGUCCACCUAUUGUUUGUUUCACUGCAUGUGAUCUUAUUUAUUGCAAGUUUUAAAGCAGGUUUGAAAGCCUUUUCACACAGCCACUACGUACAUUGUGCGCAUUUUCUACGUAUGAAAUGUGCGACUUUCAUGAUACAUGCGUGAUUUACGUAAUUCACAAGUGUUUCUUGCGUUCGUCAGUCGUCGAUGUGCGCAGAUGUUCGUAAAGGGUUUCGACCCACAUCUCUUCGCAUUAAUUUGGUUUUGAGCUGUUCACUUCUUUUGGUCAGUUGAGAAUUACGCCGUUCACGGCUAUUUUAUGUAGUUUGUGCACAAUUAUUACGUAAAUCUUACGCAAUUUUGCCUGAUUUUUGUAAGACGCACACGCAGAUUUGUGGCAUUCCACGAAAGACCUUUUUACGCGUACCACCGAUGUACAACUUUUAUCUUGCGUAUACAGCGCACACAUCACGCUAAAAUGAUGUAAUUGAUGCACAAAUGAAAUGCAUAUAAACAGCGCAAAAAAUCACUCAAGUUCUACAUUCUAUGUGCCCUUUGCGUGGUUUAUUCGUACUUCUUCUGUGCUUUAUCUGUGAUUCAUUCGUAAUGCAUCUGUGAAAAUUUCACAGAGAGACCACAACUUCCUUCACUUUUUCCAUGUAUAUUCACGUGUGACCAAUUUUCAUCCGUGCUAUAUGCGCAAAAUGCACAUAGUGUCUGUGUGUCACAGCCUUUAGUUUGCAUUUUGAAAAAAAAAAGGCGUAAAUCAAACAUUUUGACCAUUCAAAGCAGUGUCAGUUGGAGCAAUAAUACUUAAUGAGACAGAAUAGUUUAACAAACCAUUUUUUUAUUCCUUUUCUGCUCAUUUUCCCACAAAUUUGAUCAUUUAUCAAAAAGAUGGGAUCAUUGGUUUCCAACAUCCAAUUAAAACAACCUCUCUUUUGCAGAAAUAGAGCACUUACUUCACACACACCUUGGUGCUACAAAGAAGCGCGUUACAAAUAAUUCUGACCUCAAAGAACAAGUGGUGGCCCGCACAUAUUUUGGGCUGUUGUUGCUUUUUCUUUUUUUUGUCUCCUUCCUUGUCAAAAAUAAAACCCACUCAAUAUUACAAACAGUUAAAAAAAAAACUAAACAAAAGGUGUCUGACACCUUAAGAUGUGACUUCUCAGAAGUUAACACCAACAAGGUUUAAAAUUCACAAUAAAUAACAUCUUUGUUAUUUAUUAUCAGGGCAAAAUCUGAGUAAAAGACAACAAAAGGUUAUAUUUCAGCUACUUUGUGUGUUUUUUCUUCCCUCUUCUAUGUGUGUUUUGCCACAAACUCCUCUGUGGCAAACAAGUCUCACUCUACCUCUUACAGCACGAUAAGAGCAUCAGUCGCGGCGCUGAGACUGGUCUAGUCAAAACCAAAUGGGCACAAGAGAACAGGAAAUCAAGAAAAAUAAAAACCCAAAGUCAAAGCUCAUACAGCUGCAAAAACCAUAUCACUACUUGGUAACAAUGCAGACCUCAGAAGAAAUGAAUAGAAAUGAGAAAAAAAAGACAUUUGCUACGUUCUUUAUGCCUGUGGCAUUUGAAAAAGAAAGGUUCUAAUUUUAAAUAAAUUGUUCUCUACUCCUGUUUUGGGUAAAACAAAAAAAGAAACAAAAAAAUCAUUUUCUCCUUUUAUCUUCCCUCUUUUCUCUUAUUUUUUUCUCUGUUGUGAAGACAUGCUAAUCCGCUUGUCUCUCUGUCAGCCGGAGGAUUUACUAAAUUAAAAGCCUGUAAAUUAAAAUAAAGUGAAACUUAAAAAAAAAUUAAAAAAAAUAGGAUUGAGGCAUGCCUGGUUUUGAAAGUAGGAGGGGAACACUCGCAAAGUUUCUGCUUAUUCGGAAACACCAGGAAGUUGGAGGGGCUUAAGGCCCAACAGUGCAUAGCGUAGCAUAAAUAUGGAGAAAUGACCUAAGUUUUGAGGGUGGGAGGGGUUAUGUUUUCCUUUUUUUUUAAAGAAAAAUUUAUUGUGAAGAAAAAAAAACUCAAAUAAUUUGAAGUUGUUGUGCAAUAUUUAAUUGAAACAGGAAAACCACAGGUUAGUGGUAGACUGACACUAAGCGGUCUUUACUAUCGCUUGGGGUCAGUGUCCUCUGGAGAGCUUUGCAGUCUACUAUGUCAGAACUGUGGUUUCUUGUUGACCUUUUUCUUUUUUUCUUUUUUUGGGGCUGUAAACUAUGGUCUGUCAGUCUGUGAAACUUUGCAGUAUAAUUCUGGUAUUGUUGUUCUCUUACAGUGUAAUAAAUAUGUUAAUUGAA